UUAUUUUUAUAUAUCUGUUUGAAGUUUAAACGUCACAAAUUACAUUAAAUGGUCCCCAUUUGAUUUAAUGGAACAUUUACUUACUAAAAUGUUGGCCCUGGUGCGCCGGCCACCUGCGUCCAGGGCGUAUCCCGCCUCUCGACCGUUAUCAGAUGGGAUUGACUCCAGCUCCCCUCAAAAUCCCCAAAAGAUAAGAUGGAUGGACGGAUGAGUUUUAUAUGUUGAGGUGUAACACAGACAUAUGCAGCAUCAAUUUGAGAACAUGGGAAUAUUCACAGUUAAUCCAAAGUUUGAGUGUGUGGGUGUAGAGGAAAAUACGUCAAAAUAUAUUUCAAUUAUAUCACUGGAUAUCCAUUUAAACCAUAAAAGGUAUAUCAGAUAAGUACUGAACUAUUCUGUGUUUCUUCAAAAGUUUAACAUGUUUUAAAUCUUUCACUAUACAUGAGCCCUUUGUAAAAAAUAAAAGAGUGUAUUAUAUUUAAAAACAAUUUAAGACAAAAGACAAGAUGAGCCUUUUUCAUUUUUGAAACCACUCCCAUUCUAAUAAUCCUUGUGCUCAGAGGAGGGUUGGCCAAACGUGUUCAGAGGCUAUAAGAGCGGUGACGUGGAGGUGCGGCAUCACACAGGUGAGCCUUCACAUUCUCAUGCCUCCACUCUCAGCUGCCUCAAGACACUGCUUCACUGCAGACGCAGGAGUUCACCUCAGACGGUAAAAGGUAAAGUUCUUCCCUGUGCUCAUUCAUUCAUUUGACUGUAAGUUAGAGAAACGUGUGUGACAGCAUCUUUCACUUCUCUGUUCGUGUCGUGAAUUCUGAUUCUGGCGUCUCAUCACAGUGUUCUCUCUUCACAGAUUGUCCUCACAGUGCUUUGACAGAGAUGGAGAUGAUGGCCUAUGUGACCGAGAUCCGGCUGAGUGGAGGCUGGAGCGGAGUGGCUCCCUCCUCCUGCCCCGAGGUGGAGCUGGAGGUCAUCGAGGAGUACCUGCAGGAGCAUUCACUGGAGGUCCAGCAUGCCCACAUGCCUGCCUCACCUCAGAGCACCACGGGGCCACAACCGCACACACUCCUCCACCAGGGCGGCAGGAUCAUAGAGAACAGCUGGUCGGGUCAGCAUGCUUACGAGUGGCACUGUGGCUCCAACCCUCCCUACGAGGAGUAUGAAGAGCAGGCCCCGCCUCCAGCCUGGCCUUGUCCCCAUGACAACCAAUGGGAGCACAUCACGUAUUCCUACGAGGCCCCUGCAUACAUUGACUCAGACUCGCAGUCCAGCUGCUCUCAGUACCAGGAAUACCAAGAUUCACCAUCACCGUCGUCGGACAGGGAGAGCGGGAAGGACAGAGACUCCCUGACCCUUGCACCAUUUUCAGCAGGAAAGAGGAAGGAGCGGUUGUUCCAGUUCCUGUUCGAGAUGCUCCAGACGCCUGCCAUGCGCAGCUGCAUCUGGUGGGUUCAGUCCUCAUCGGGCACCUUUCAGUUCUCCUCCCAAAACAAGGAGCGCCUGGCGCAGCUCUGGGGCCGACGCAAGGGGAACCGCAAGACUAUGACCUACCAGAAGAUGGCACGGGCACUGAGGAACUACUCCCGCACCGGCGAGAUCCAGAAGGUGAAAAGGAAGCUCACGUAUCAGUUCGACGAGAAGACACUGAGAGGCCUGCGAGGAGACUCCAACAGAGCGUAGGAGUGAUGGCGAGUCCAGAGAGAGAAGAAGCACAGUGGAUAUUCAUAGACAAAACCUCUGUGGAUGUCCCUUCUUCUGAUUCAUGUCAAAACAAAUGAAUACUGAGUAUUUGAAAAGCCAGUCCGAGUCAGUCAGAGCUUUCUAUAGAUACAGAACCAUUUAGGAAUAGGUUCAUAUCAGGACUGGAAAUUAUGAUACUGGCACAAUGAUGCAAAUCUAUGUAAAUCUAAAAGGUUGUUACUUCAUAUCUACUUUAUAAGUAGACCUUAAAUAAAAUACAAUAAACAUUUUU